AUGGCUUCUCCAGAUCUCUUGGCCGAGAGGGAUCCCGGAGAAGAGUUAAUUGGCUGGCUUUCCGCCCUGGACUCGGCUGGCAACCUCUGGAGAUCCGAGUACCAAGGACUGGUGAAACACACGGGAGGCUGCCAUUGCGGGGCCGUCCGUUUUGAAGUCUGGGCCUCCGAUAACCUCCAUGUCUUUGACUGCAACUGCAGCAUCUGUGUUAAGAAGCAAAACAGACAUUUCAUCGUGCCUGCUUCCCACUUUAAGCUGUUGAAGGGUGCUGACCACCUCUCCACGUACACCUUCAACACUCACUGCGCCCAGCACACCUUCUGCAAGACAUGCGGCGUCCAGAGCUUUUACACCCCCCGUUCCAAUCCAGACGGCUACGGAAUCGCUCCGCACUGCCUGGACGAGGGAACGAUCACCAAGAUCACAGUGGAGCCCAUCAAUGGGAAGGAGUGGGAGAAAGCAGUGAAGGGCCACCCCACCAUCCGGAAUAUGUCGAAGCCAUGACCUGCCCUGUUCUGGAAACACAGACGCUCAGCGGGCCAUCUCUUCUCCCCCGUUAUCCUCGGAUUCCUCUAGGAAACAAAAGCGUGCCACUUUUGUGAAACACUCCACUCUCUGCUGCCCGUAUCCCCCAUCUAUAGACUAGCUGUAUAGAAACAGGACUGUCUCUAUCCUGCACCCUCCCCCCCAAAAGAAUUGUAGCCUUCUUAUACUGAGAAAAAAGAGCGUUUUAAAAAAAAAGAUUAAAACACUGUGAGGCCCAAAGAAUACGCCGGAAUGCUUGCUGAUGUGCAAAGAUCCAGAGGAGAGUUUCCAUGGAGGUGUCCUAUUUUCAGCUUCUACAAGGAGAUCUCCUUCUGUGAGAAGGGAGUUCCAUCUAACCAAGAGUCUUGGUUUGUCAGCCUGGAAUUUGGAGAUGAUUCCCGUUUUUUUAUCUAAAGAAAGGAACAGAUUCUAAGGCAGAUCCGUUUCUUUCGGAGGAGGCGCUGCUCCAUCAUGGUGCUUAGAAUAAUUUCUGUAAAAGCCUAUUUUUACCACAGGCUUAACUCAGUCAGCUGCAAACCUAGUGGCUGGAGCUGCACAGUGUAACAAGCUUGGUUUGUCUUGCGGGGUAGGGGGCGGGUGGAAUGUCUUUGUGUGUUAUGUGAAUGCAGAAAGUGGAUUAAUUCAGUAAUCAGGUUUAGUGUUCGGUAUGAAUGCAGUUCUAGAGUUGCCUUGUCCAAAAUGACACUUCUCACUUUUGAGGAAA